GUCGUGAUUCGGGAUUAAUCGUUACAGCUAACGUUUUUUUUUUAUAUAUAUUUUUUAUUAUAUUCUUAAAAAAAGGAAUUUGUCUACUAAUUCAUAAAAAUAAAACGAAAACAUUUUUUUUUAAUGAUUUUUAUAUAGAUCAUUAAAGAAAACAUACAAUUUAAAAAAGGAUAAUAGAUUUUCGGUUUUGAUAAAAAAAAUAACUUGAAAAUCAAAUCAAAUUAAAUAACAAUGAUAUCGUCAAAAUUAAUUGCUUUUAUUGCCAUUUCUCUAGGCGUGUUAUCGUUUGCAUAUGCACAGCUUGCUCCUGGCUCAAACACAUAUCUUCCACCAACAACCAAUGGAUACAAUUACCCAGAGCCCGAAAAACCUUUUCCACCAGGAAAACCGCCAGGUCCUAAACCACCUGGUCCACGUCCACCAGGAAGACCGGGACCAGGACCAGGUCCAGGACCAGAUGAGCCAGGACAUGUUCAUGUUCCAGGAAAUCCAUACGAAUUUGAUUACGCAGUAAAAGAUGCAGCUACAGCCAAUGAUUAUUCACACAAAGCCAGUAGCAAUGGAGAUGUUGUUGAAGGUGAAUAUCGUGUUGCAUUGCCAAAUGGACGUACUCAAGUUGUGCGAUAUACUGCUGAUUGGAAGACUGGAUUCCAUGCGGAUGUGACCUAUGAAAACUGAAUUAUGUUUAUGACAAAAGAUUGAAGAAAUGCAUUUUUGUUUAAAGUCUAUUCAUUUUACUAAAGGAUCUAAAAAAUAUUUUAAGAAAAUAAAUGAAAUUAUUGAAGAAAAAAGUCCAUCAUCAUAACACAAAUUGUUUUUCGAAAUAUGAAAUGUUGUCCUAAAUAUACUGCCAGUU